CUUGUAGUGGGAUUUUCUCAGUAUAAAUUAAGGCUUAGUUGAAAGAAAGUUUCAUUCUACUCUCAAAAUUGAAGUCUUUGGUUUUGGAUACUGAAGAAAGUUACAAGAUAUGAAGCUCAGUAGUUCUCUACUUCUGCUAGCACUUUUAUGUGCAUCCCUUUUUCUUGCUUCAACUCUAGCAGUUGAUGAGAAAUCUCAACAUGAGAAAAAAGUGAGUUGUUGUAUGUAUGUAGCAACAAAUGAAGGCCAGACAACUGUUCAAUUAGAUGCUGCAAAACAAGGCCAAGGCGGCUAUGAAGGCGGAGGUCGUGGCGGCUAUGGAGGUGGCGGUUAUGGUGGUGGUGGUCAUGGAGGUGGCGGCUAUGGAGGCGGUGGUCAUGGAGGUGGCAGUGGUGGCCAUGGCGGUUAUGGUGGUGGUGGUCAUGGAGGCGGUGGCCAUGGCGGUGGUGGCCAUGGCGGAGGAUGCAGAAACGGGUGCUGCGGCGGAUAUGGGAGAGGAGGAGGCUGCAGGUGUUGCUCUACUGCUCAAGAAGCUCUGGCCUACAUGCAAAAAGAAGCCAAUCGCCCAUAAAUGAAGAACCUAAACAACUUCUAAUGUCAAUCUGCUUUUGUAAUAAGUCCAAAUAAAACUACGUUUCUUAAGUUUUAGCUAAGCCUAAUGCAGUUGCACGCAUGUGAAAAUGAUAUAGCAAAUAUGCAAUAAAUAUCAGUAUUUUAUUCUCUCCA